AGUGAGCAGCACAGAAGGUACUCCUUGAGCUAGGCCUUAAACAUGAGGAGUUUGCUGGGCAAACCAGAAGGCAUUGGGCAGAGAAGACAGAGGUGUCUUCAGGAGUCCUGGGGGCAGAUAACCUCCAUGUACUUUAACACGCGGAAACAUUAUAAGUGGCUGCGCUUCAGUGAGGACUGUCUAUAUGUGAACGUGUAUGCGCCAGCACGAGCGCAAGGGGACCCUCCGAUGCCGGUGAUGGUAUGGUUCCCGGGAGGCGCCUUCCUCGUGGGCUCCGCUUCUACGUACGAGGGCUCCGAGUUCGCCGCCCGCGAGCAAGUGGUGCUGGUGUUCCUGCAGCACAGGCUCGGCAUCCUGGGCUUCCUGAGCACGGGCGACAGCCACGCCCGCGGGAACUGGGCGCUGCUGGACCAGGUAGCGGCUCUGCGCUGGGUGCAGGACAACAUAUUGGCCUUCGGUGGAGACCCCAGUUCUGUGACCCUUUUCGGCCAGUCAUCCGGGGCCAUGUGCGUCUCAGGACUGAUAAUGUCACCCCUUGCCAGAGGUCUCUUCCAUAGGGCCAUUUCCCAGAGUGGCACUGCAAUACUCAAAUUCUUCAUCACACCUGACCCACUGAAAGUGGCCAAGAAGGUUGCCCACCUAGCUGGCUGUGAUCAUAAUAACACACAGAUUCUGGUAGAGUGCCUGAGGGCACUCUCAGGGGCCAAGGUUAUGCAUGUGUCCAAGAAGAUGAGAUUCUUCCACCUGCACCAGAACUCCCAGGAAGACCCUCAAGAUAUUACAUGGUUCAUGACCCCUGUGGUGGACGGUGUCGUGUUCCCAGAUGACCCUGUGGUGCUCCUGACUCGGGGACAAGUUUCACCUGUACCCUACCUUCUGGGUGUCAACAACCUGGAGUUCAAUUGGCUCUUGCCUUAUAAUAUCACCAAGGAGCAGGUACCACUUGUGAUGGAGGAGUACCUGGGUGACAUCAAUGAGCAUGACUGGAAGAUGUUCCAAAACCACUUGAUGGACAUAGCUGAAGAUGCCUCCUUUGUGUACACCACACUGCAGACUGCCCGCUACCACCGGGAUGCUGGCCUCCCUGUCUACCUGUAUGAGUUUGAGCGCCACACUCCUAGUGGCAUAAUUGUUAAACCCCGCACUGACGGGGCAGACCAUGGGGACGAGAUUCACUUCAUCUUCGGGAGCCCCUUCUCCAAAGGCCCUUCUGCAGGUGAAGAAAAGGCGCUUAGUCUCCAGAUGAUGAAAUAUUGGGCCAACUUUGCCCGAACAGGGAAUCCCAAUGGUGGGAAGCUUCCCUACUGGCCACGCUAUGACAAAGAUGAAAAGUACCUGCAGCUGGAUUUUACUACAAGAGUGGGUGUGAAGCUCAAGGAGAAGAAGAUGGCUUUUUGGACAAGGCUGCAUCAGCCUCAAAGACCUGAGGAACAGAGGCAAUUCUGAGGGUGCCUAUGUAGGGUUUAUCCCAUCCAGACCUUGGGGAGAUGGGCCAUAGACACAUCCGGGACAAGAAUCCUGCCCACCCCAAUCUAGGACCUUCAGGUGCUCCCUACUGCCUCCCCACCAGAGCUGGAGCCUUAGCAGCCUGUUGGGAGCUCUGGCCCCCUCUGCAGCCUGACAUCACAUGAUGCCCCAGUUCAUUAUCUACAUUAGAUUAGGCCAGACCCUUUCACCACCGCAUGAUGCCCAGCUCCCCAGCCUCAAGGCAACCCCUCCUCUCCCUCCUCCUAUCCUUCAAGAUCUACUUGCAUUCCCUUCUUUUGGGAAAUCCACUCAGACCACCACUGCCCAUCACUGUGUUGUACCCAGAAUUUCCCUGAGUCCCUGAGCCCACGAAGGGAUGAACCGAGACACACUCCGAUGUAAAAGCAAGAGGCAAGCUUUAUUUGGCAAACUCGAAUUCAGACCCUCUCUUGGCAAACAUACCAAGGAAGGCCCCGAGCCUAGGGCGUUGGAAAGUUUUAUAGGGUACAGAAAGCAAGAAGGGUGAAGAAGGGUGGGGUACAUUUUUGAUUGGCGGUUGGGGUAUGGGAAAGUAUGGAUGACUGGUGGUCAGGGUUUGGGGAAGUACGGGAGGCUCUGGAUUGGUAUAGGUAUGAGG